CCUGAAUAGAGUGCCAUGGCAUCAUCAUAGCUCACGGCAACCUCAAACUCUUGAGCUCAAGCGAUCCUCCUGCCUCAGCCUCCCCAGUAGUUGGGACUACAGGCGCCUGGCACAGCACCCAGCACCAAAAGCAUCAAGUGCAGGAGGUGACGGAGCAAUGCCCUCCAUGAACAGAUAGACACCCAUGAAAAAAGCCCAGGCUGCAGAAAUAGCUGUUGAAGCCUGUGUAGGCUUAUUCUUCAGUGAGGACAGACAGAUAAUAAAGGAUGAUAAUAUGGACACAAAACCCAUUCUAGAAGAACUUCUUCUCAAAAGGUCACAGCAAAAGAAAAAAAUGUCACCAAGUAAUUACAAAGAGCGGCUUUUUGUCUUGACCAAAGCAAAUCUUUCCUACUAUGAAUAUGACAAAACGAAAAGAGGCAGCAGAAAAGGAUUGAUUGAAAUUAAGAAAAUCAGGUGUGUGGAGAAAGUAAAUCUCGAGGAGCAGACACCCGUGGAGAGACAGUACCCAUUUCAGAUCGUCUAUAAAGAUGGGCUUCUCUAUGUCUAUGCAUCAAAUGAAGAAAGUCGAAGUCAGUGGUUGAAAGCAUUACAAAAAGAGAUAAGGGGCAACCCCCACCUGCUGAUCAAGUACCACAGUGGAUUCUUCAUGGAUGGGAAGUUCCUGUGCUGCCAGCAGAGCUGCAAAGCGGCCCCCGGCUGUACCCUCUGGGAAGCAUAUGCUGAUCUGCACAUUGCAGUCAAUGAAGAAAAACACAGACCUCCUAUCUUCCCAGACAGGGUGCUGAAGAUUCCUCGGGCAGUUCCUGUUCUCAGAAUGGAUGCGCCAUCUUCAAGUACCACUCUAGGCCAAUAUGACAGCAGUGACUCAAAGAAAAAUUAUGGCUCCCAGCUAAAUGUCAACAUGUAUAUUCCACGGGAAGACUGCCCUGACUGGUGGCGAGUAAGAAAACUGAAAAGCAGUGAAGAUGUUGCAUGCAGUAACCAAAGGGAAAGAACUGUUGCAAAUCACAGAACCUCAAAGAUUUCAUGGGGAUUCCCUGAGUCAAGUUCAGGAUUCCCUCAGUCAAGUUCAUCUGAAGAAGAAGAAAACCUGGAUGAUUAUGACUGGUUUGCAGGUAACAUCUCCAGGUCACAAUCUGAGCAGUUACUGAGACAAAAGGGAAAAGAAGGAGCAUUUAUGGUUAGAAAUUCCAGCCAAGCAGGAAUGUACACGGUGUCAUUAUUUAGUAAGGCUGUGAAUGAUAAAAAAGGAACUGUCAAACAUUACCAUGUGCAUACAAAUGCUGAGAAAAAAUUAUACCUGGCAGAAAACUACUGUUUUGAUUCUAUUCCAAAACUUAUUCACUACCAUCAACACAAUUCAGCAGGCAUGAUCACACGGCUCCGCCACCCUGUGUCAACCAAGGCCAACAAGGUCCCCGUCUCUGUGUCCCUGGGAAGUGGCAUGUGGGAACUAAAAAGAGAAGAAAUUAUGCUAUUGAAGGAGCUGGGAAGUGGCCAGUUCGGAGUGGUCCAGCUGGGCAAGUGGAAAGGGAAGUACGAUGUGGCUGUUAAGAUGAUCAAGGAGGGCUCCAUGUCAGAAGAUGAAUUCUUCCAGGAGGCCCAGACCAUGAUGAAACUCAGCCAUCCCAAGCUGGUUAAAUUCUAUGGAGUUUGCUCAAAGAAAUACCCCAUAUACAUAGUGACUGAAUAUAUAACCAAUGGCUGCUUGCUGAAUUACCUGAGAAGUCAUGGAAAAGGACUUGAAACUUCCCAGCUCUUAGAAAUGUGCUAUGAUGUGUGUGAAGGCAUGGCCUUCUUGGAGAGCCACCAAUUCAUACACCGGGACUUGGCUGCGCGGAACUGCUUGGUGGACAGUGAUCUCUCUGUGAAAGUGUCUGACUUUGGAAUGACGAGGUAUGUUCUUGAUGACCAGUAUGUCAGUUCAGUAGGAACGAAGUUCUCAGUCAAGUGGUCAGCUCCAGAGGUGUUUCACUACUUCAAAUACAGCAGCAAGUCUGAUGUAUGGGCAUUCGGGAUCCUGAUGUGGGAAGUGUUCAGCCUGGGGAAGCAGCCCUAUGACUUAUACGACAACUCCCAGGUGGUUGUGAAGGUCUCCCAAGGCCACAGGCUCUAUCGGCCUCAGUUGGCAUCAGACACCAUCUACCAGAUUAUGUACAGCUGCUGGCACGAGCUUCCAGAAAAGCGUCCAACAUUUCAGCAGCUCCUAUCUUCCAUUGAACCACUUCGAGAAAAAGACAAGCCUUGAAAAAGAAAUUAGGAGUGCUGAUGAAAAUGAAUGUAGAUGUUAACGUUUUCAUUCUUCUGAAGGAAAGUAGCAAGGCACAAUGUAAUUUAACUAGUUCUUGAGAGUGUUCUUUGUGUUGUCUGUUAUAUUAUCUAGAAAUGAACACAAUAGGAAACAAAAUAUUUCCUUGAAAUUGAGGUCAAAUUAGUCAUUUUGUUUAUGCUGCUCUUAAUAUAACACUUUUCAGCCUAUAGCAGAAGCACAUUUUCAGUUUGUAAUAGUGAGAGAGUGUGUAUCAUGCGUAAAGAUUAA